AUGAUGCAUCAUUACGUGUCUUCUGUACUGGCCGGUAUCACUGUGACAUGGGGCGGUGGAGAAUGCUAUCAGAAUAUUCGUAAACAAUUUGUUAUUUUCUACUUCUAUCUCUCCGUUGUUCAGUUGCUGCAGUGCCGCUACCAGACAGGCUGUUUACGUCGUUUACGUGCACUUGGUCAACGUCAUAGCAUGGAUAUAAGUGUCGGUAAGAACACUUUAUGCAUUUCGUUAAAGUCGACGCUAACAAAAGUCCUGAAAAUCUUAGUGAAAAGUUUUCCACACUAA